AUGGCAUCCACUUACACAACAGAAAAUUUAUGCCCGAGUAAAUGGCUGAUGCUGUUCGCGUGCUGCGCAGUUUUAUUGCAAGCGGAAGCCAGGCGCAUACGAAUCAGCAGGCCUCGUCCCGUGGAACGAGCAGAUUCCGAAGAGGAGUCUGUUUCGGCAGAGCAAGAAUCAAUCGCACCCAGAGUCAGGUACUAUGCGGCGGAGGCCCAAGAAACUCAAAGUCCGAGAAGUUUAGUUUUGGUCUCGACUGAAGAGUCUUACAAUGGUCUCUACGGGCAACAAUCGUCUGGACGCGCAGAUAAUUAUGUUUCGCCCAGAUCGCAACUGAUCAAGGUCGCUAAACAAAAAGAACCGACCAAGGCCCCGCCAGUACAAACUAUUAGGAACUAUAAUAAAGUUAAUGAUGACGGCAGUUUCACUUUCGGAUACGAAGCAGCCGAUGGAAGUUUUAAAGAAGAAACUAGAGGAACUGAUUGCGUUGUUAGAGGUAAAUACGGUUAUGUUGAUCCUGAUGGUAACAAAAGAGAGUUCACUUACGUAUCAGGAAACCCUUGCGAUCCAAACGCACAGAGUGCCGAAGAAGAAGAAGAAAAAUCAGAAGAAGAAAGCGAGGAGAAUGUACCACCAAACUAUCCAUCACGUCCGGUAAGACCACUUCAAGUUAGACCUCUACAUUUAAGACCUACGCCAGCACCUGUGCGUCCAACCACAACCGUAUUCCAGAAUAUCUAUGAUCAAAACAGCAGCAGCGAAGAGGAAGAAGAUUAUGAACAACCUGCUCCUGCACCAGCACCAGCGCCAGUGCAUAUAGCACGACCAGCUCCACCUGUACACAUACAAGCUGCACCAGCUCCAAUACAUAUCCCACAACCACCAGCACCAAUCCACAUCACAGCUCCAUCUCCAACAGCUAUUCCAAUCAGAACAAGACUUACUCCAAGACCUAACUAUAUAUCAUCUGAAAGACCAUUAUUAGAACGCCAUAGACCUAAAGUAACACCAACAUCAAACACCGUAUACUACCAACCACAAUCUAUUGAGAUCACACCCAGACCACAAUCACAUUCGCCAGCACAAACAUUACAAACUCAGCCACCUGCAACCACUUACAGACCAACCUUACUCUCCGUGACUGCCCGACCAAGUAGCGCUUAUACAAGACCCGCAACCGCUCCAUCCUUGAACGCAGUAGGAACUAGAGGACAAAUUGACUUUGCUGCAGAAUUCGCCAAAUUCCAACAAGAAAAUAACAUUAUAUCAAGCACUCCUUCUGAUCUCCCCAAAUCCCUUAAACCUACGUCUAAGGCCCCACCUUCAAGUUCAUCCUCAGUAAGUGGCAAUCCAGUGUAUUCCUCGCAACUACUUUUUGAUCCUUCAUCUGGACAAUAUGAUACAUCACUAUUCCAAACUUUGCCACAAACCGAAGGAGAAUUUACCUUAAACCAUCGCAUCCAACCAUACGUACAUCAACCGCAACAUGCUGCACCACCACGAUUGGUUAGCAUAAGUCAACUGCAGCCACAAACGCGUCCUCAGCCCAGCCCAUUGUUCAGGCACCAAAUACAACAUUCUGAUGCAGUGCCGAUAAACUUCCCGCAACAAGCAUUCCAGCAGCAGCAGAAUGAAGUUCAAUUUCAAAAUUCACAGCAAUUGUUCGCGCAACAACAACAAUUGCAACACAAUCAAUUACAACGAGACAGGAUGGAAGCAGCAAGAGCAGCGUACUAUUUCGUCCAACCUUCAUCGCAAGGAUCACAACAAAAUCCAAGUGGGCAGAUAGAAUCAUUCCUGAGAGGGCACAAUAUUCAAUUUUAA